GCAGUCACGCUAACGAAAAGCCCUAGCAGUCGGGUCACCUGCGAACCCCAAACGACGCCGUCAAUGGCGUUAUCACGAGCUCGUGCAGCUUCAUCCGCCGCCUUUGCCAACCUCCUCCGCCGCAGUUUCUCCGCCGACGCCUUCGAUUCGCUCUCUCACAGCACCGUCACAUCGCGCAAGAGCCUCAUGAUGAAGCAGAUGAUCAAUCUCGACAUGAACUCCCAAAUCGGAAGCUGCAUGCCCCUCUCCGCCAUGCGAAUCGGAACAUCCAUCCACAACAUCGAGAUCCGACCCGGCCAAGGCGCCAAGCUCGUACGAGCCGCCGGCACGUCGGCGAAGAUCCUCAAAGAGCCCACUUCGCGGCAAGUGUUGAUAAAACUCCCUUCGGGAAAGCAGAAGCUAAUAGACACGAGCUGCCGUGCCACGAUCGGGACGGUUUCGAACCCGCAGCACAAGGCUCGCAAGCUGAGGAAGGCCGGACAGAGCCGGUGGCUCGGACGGAGGCCCGUCGUUCGCGGUGUCGCGAUGAACCCCGUUGAUCAUCCUCACGGAGGUGGUGAGGGAAGGAGCAAGAGUGGCGGGAGCUUUGGACGGGGGUCGCUGACCCCAUGGGGUAAGCCCUGCAAAUCUGGAUAUAAGACCGGACCGCUUAAGCGUAAAAAGUAGAAGCUUUAUUUGUUUUUGUGUUUGGAUUCUUUGUUUUUGAAACUCUUAUAUGAUGGAAAGUGGAAUGCAGGUGGCCGAGGCAUUUAGAAUGA